UUUUUUCUUUAGGAGAAAAGUGAUGAAGAAUCUUUGAGUUUAUUCUCCGACCUUCUGUCUGUUCUGGUGGACUCUUCUGAUUGGCUGCUCAUCUUUAAAUCAAGUGAACAAGGUGUUUAUCAGUCGGUUACCAUGGUGACAUCAGAAGAGUUGACUCGACUGAUGCCGUGGGCUUUCUACAGCCUGCUGCUCCAGCUGAGCGCUGAGCUGCUGCAGCGAGCGGUGAGCUGUCCAGGGUUCCUUCAGACGGCCGUCCUCUGCUACAUCAGGCUGCUGCAGCUCUUCCUGGACGGACACACGCCUGCAUCGGCCGCUGAACCCCCCGAGAAGCAGCUGGAGCCGUCCCAGAUUCUGAGCAAAGCCAAGAAGUUUCUUCUGAGAGUGAUCUCACAGACGUCUCCUGCUGCUCUGUCCUCCGCUCAGCUCAGACGGCUGGAGUCACAGUGCGCAGAUCUGGAUCCGGAGGUGACGGCAGCUCUCUCCGUGCACCUCAGUGCUCCGAGCCUCAGCCCCGAGAUGGACUUCCUCUGAACACGUGAGGCUACAACUGAAUAAAGACACUU